CCCCAAGGCCCUGCCUCCCCGCAGACCCGCUUCCUCUGCCAGCUUGACCCCGGACUGCCUCCCAUCCAGCAAACCAUCCGCAGAGAAAUCGUGUCCAGACAGCAGCACCAGACAAACAUGAGCGAGGCCGAAACAGCCCAGGGAUUCAAGAGUUCCAUUGUUCUGGGCGAUGACGCAUCCCACGCCGAACAGCGAUAUUUCACGACCUCAUCUAGAGAGGCUCAGACCGCAGCAGCGGAGCAAAUUAAGGCCACUGUGUUAGCUACUGGUACUGAAUUCAAGAGCUCGAUUGUGAUCGCUGACGACCACUCGCACAAGUCGCCUGCUCGGUACUCCAGUGUCACUCGCGAAGCCCAGGAAGCUGCCCUCGCCAAUCCGGUGUCUCAGCCUGUUCUUGUCCAAGGCAACGGCUUCAAGAGCUCCAUCGUCAUCGCCGACGACCACUCGCACAAAUCACCGGUCAAGUUGUCGAGUGUCACCCGUGAAGCCCAGGAAGCAGCCCUUGCCGAGCCUAUUACAGCUCCCGUUCUUGUUCAUGGAAAUGACUUCAGAGGCUCGAUUGUGAUCGCUGAUGACCACUCACACAAGUCGCCUGCUCGGUACUCCAGUGUCACUCGCGAAGCCCAGGAAGCCGCCCUCGCCAAUCCGGUGUCUCAGCCUGUUCUUGUCCAAGGCAACGGCUUCAAGAGCUCCAUCGUCAUCGCCGACGACCACUCGCACAAAUCACCGGUCAAGUUGUCGAGUGUCACCCGUGAAGCCCAAGAAGCAGCCCUUGCCGAGCCCAUUACAGCUCCCGUUCUUGUUCACGGCAAUGACUUCAGAGGCUCGAUUGUGAUCGCUGACGACCAUUCGCACAAGUCGCCUGUUCGGUACUCCAGUGUCGCUCGUGAAGCUCAGGAAGCCGCCCUUGCCGAGCCCAUUACAGCUCCCGUUCUUGUUCAUGGAAAUGACUUCAGAGGCUCGAUUGUGAUCGCUGAUGACCACUCACACAAGUCGCCUGCUCGGUACUCCAGUGUCACUCGCGAAGCCCAGGAAGCCGCCCUCGCCAAUCCGGUGUCUCAGCCUGUUCUUGUCCAAGGCAACGGCUUCAAGAGCUCCAUCGUCAUCGCCGACGACCACUCGCACAAAUCACCGGUCAAGUUGUCGAGUGUCACCCGUGAAGCCCAGGAAGCCGCCCUUGCCGAGCCCAUUACAGCUCCCGUUCUUGUUCAUGGAAAUGACUUCAGAGGCUCGAUUGUGAUCGCUGAUGACCACUCACACAAGUCGCCUGCUCGGUACUCCAGUGUUGCUCGUGAAGCCCAGGAAGCAGCCCUUGCCGAGCCCAUUACAGCUCCCGUUCUUGUUCAUGGAAAUGACUUCAGAGGCUCGAUUGUGAUCGCUGAUGACCACUCACACAAGUCGCCUGCUCGGUACUCCAGUGUUGCUCGUGAAGCUCAGGAAGCCGCCCUUGCCGAGCCUAUUACAGCUCCCGUUCUUGUUCAUGGAAAUGACUUCAGAGGCUCGAUUGUGAUCGCUGACGACCAUUCGCACAAGUCGCCUGUUCGGUACUCCAGUGUUGCUCGCGAAGCUCAAGAGGCAGCUGUCUCAAAGGCCAACUUCAAAGGACCGGUCCGUGCAUAUCAGAUCAAUCAAGGAUUCAAAAGCUCGAUUUCGAUUGCCGAUGACUCAAACGCACCGCCACUCUACAAGUCUGUUGCUCUUGAGGCUUCGGAAGCUAUCUUGGCCACACCUCCGCUUUCCCCCCCUACUCGCUUGGCCCGAAACGAGUUUCAGAGCUCAUUCGAUAUUCUCGACAGCCCCCAGCGACGCGCAGAUCGAACCCUCGGCGAGAGUGCUCAGAGGCUGAAGCGACUGUCUCUGGGCAACCUUGGUGAUAUCAAACAAGCACAGGCUGCAGCCGGAGACGACGCCUCACCUUUGAAAACUGGCAAGCGUCUAUCUCAUGGGCUCCACAGAAACAGUUCCUCGAUCUCAUUUAUACCCCCUCCGAAUGUCUUGACGCCGCGACGCUCGCAUCCCAACCUGACGUCGUCGAUUGUGUUUGGCGAUGACGGGGCUACCGUUGCGCCCUCCAAGGCCGCCCGAACGCCCUCCAGGCGCAGGGUCUCUCCGCCUGGGCCCCCCGCCUCAGUGUCUCUGGCCGAGUUCACGGGCGCAGCCCAACAGGAUGCUCCUGAUUCCCGCAGGAGUGCCCGCCUCAGCCCCACGUCGCUUCCUACGGCCGGGCAGUCGACUGGCAAGCAUGGAAUAUUCUAGCGAGCUUUUGGCGUUUGCCAAAGUGAAACGGGACACCUGCAUUUAUGGCUUCUGUUGGCAUCUAUCAUUCAGAACGACCACUCACAGUCUACGUCAGUGCAUUCCAGAGCACUGAGAGGCUCCCUUUUUUUUUUCGAUUUCGAGGCAAUGGCCAUCGGUACCUGACCGCGCUGGCAGUUUGGCAUCGCAGGAUGGAAGAAUACAGCGAGAGAAAAAAGAGCACGGCCGUUGGUCCGAUC